AUGAGUCCUUCAUCUGCAGAUCCAGGAAAAGGGCUUACGCACUACACGAUCCUAGGUAUAAGUCGCAAACUCGUCCAGGAACAACAAGGAGCGGCGGGGCCGCAACAGAUAGUUAAACGGGCCUACCACCGAGCCCUGCUCCAAAACCACCCGGACAAAUACCCACAACUCAAGAGUCAGGGUGCCGCCACCACUAUUUCACAACCCAAUACACAAAAUUUGUCUCGCUCCACUGCCAACUUCACAAUCGACCAAAUCUCGACAGCCUACAAGGUCCUCUCGGAUCCGAAGCAGAGGGCAGAGUACGACAGGUCCCUGGACCUGGUGCCCAACAACCAGGGUCUCAAGCGCAAUGCGGAGCAGGAGGCCUUCCAGACGGGUAUCGAAAACGUCGAUCUCGACGAUCUGAAUCUCGACGAGUCUGAGGAUCCUGAGGCUGAGUGCUGUUGGUAUCGCAGUUGCAGGUGCGGCAACCCGCGCGGGUUCCUGUUCACGGAGGCGGACCUGGAGGAGGUGGGUGAGAACGGGGAGCUGCUCGUUGGUUGUCAGGACUGUAGUCUUUGGAUGAAGGUUCACUUUGCUAUAGUCUCGGAUGAUUAA